AUGCUGGUGUGCGGCAUUAUCAACGAACUACAGAAGGCAACAAAAAACGCUACGGUCUCACACUUCUUCUGCCAAGCAACCGACGCGCGCAUUAAUGGCGCCACGGCCGUGCUGCGAGGGCUGUUGUACAUGCUUGUAACUCAGCAACCAUCGCUUGCAUCACACAUCCGCACGAAGCACGACCACGCCGGCAAAGCCAUGUUCGAAGACGCGAAUGCCUGGGUAGUCUUGGUAGAGGUCUUCGAGGCUGUGCUCCAAGAUCCAAGCCUAAGGAUGACAUACCUAAUCAUUGACGCGCUAGAUGAGUGCAUCACUGAUCUACCCAUGCUGCUAGAGUUUGUCGCAAAGCAGUCAUCGGUAUCUUCUCAUGUCAAAUGGAUUAUUUCUAGUCGCAACUGGCCAGACAUCGAAGCGCAGCUAGAGCGGGCAGGGCACAAAGAAAAACUAAGCCUCGAGCUAAACGCAGAGUCGGUUGCGGCCGCAGUUGACAUCUUCAUACAGCGAAAGGUGGAUCAGCUGGCGCAAGAGAAGCAGUAUAAGGCAGAGGUUCAAGACGCCGUGCGCCAGCACUUAACGACGAACGCGAACGGCACCUUCCUUUGGGUUGCGUUGGUGUGCCAAGAACUUAAGAGGACGGCGAAUCGGCAUGUGCUGAAGAAGUUAGCCGUGUUCCCGCCUGGGCUAGACGACUUGUACAAGCGGAUGAUGCAGCAGAUGAGCGAGUCGGACGACGCCGACAUCUGUCGCUGCGUACUAGCUUCGACCGCGGUUUUGUAUCGACCCGUGACCAUUCGUGAACUAGUCGAACUCGUCGAGCAGCUUAAGGAUGUUAGCAGUGACGUGCGAGAAAUCAUCGACCUUUGUGGAUCGUUCCUGACCGUCCGCGAAGACACAGUGUACUUUGUGCAUCAAUCUGCUAAGGACUUCCUCUUCGAAAAGGCGGCUCACGAGGUCUUUCCAAACGGUGCGGAAGACGUCCAUCGGGGUGUCUUUUUGACAUCGCUGGCGUAUCUGUCUACGACGUUGCAUAGAGAUAUGUACAGCUUGAAAUCGCUCGGAAGCGCUAUUGAGAACGUCGAACCACCGCAUGCGGACCCUUUAGCAGCAUCGCGCUACCCGUGCGUCUACUGGAUCGAUCAUCUGCACGACUCUAAGCCUGAAUCUUGGGCAAACAGUGUUGCUGGCCUCCCUAUGAGAGCCGUGUAUAACUUUCUGAGGGAGAAGUAUCUUUACUGGCUAGAAGCGCUUAGUCUGUGUCACAGCGUAGGGAAAGGCGUCGUCUCUAUGGAAAAACUAUGGUCACUUAUGCAGGAGAUGUGCGACUAA